AUGGAAGGUUCUUCGCAAUUGCUGUCCAACACAGUGUCUAUUAACAAUCAGUCCUUGGCUGUGACUAACAGCACAGCUGCUACAGUGAUCACUGCUUCAGUUUACGUCUUCACGCCAGUUGGUUUCGACACAAAACUCGUUCUUCUUGUACUACUGAUCACUUUUGGAGUCAUCGGAUUGGUGGGCAACAUCCUUGUUGUUUACUUUGUCAGGAAGAAACAGUCAUCUUCGAUUCUUCAGUUGUCCCCCUUCCUAAGGAAUUUCAAUCUCUAUGUUAAAAGUAAAUCCCUUUCAGAUAUACUUUCUAUUUUGAUUUCGCUUCCUUUGUUUUGUACACAAAUAAUGCUCGAUGUAUUCCAAAAUGGCUGGCCUUGUAAACUUGUUCGAUAUUUUGGCAUAUCCUUUCAAAGUAUAAUAAUUAAUAAUUUAAUUGCUAUAAGCGUAGAGAGGUUUCUUUCAACCUGUGAUGUUCCGAAAACGUUUAGUGUUACCACUGUUCGUAAAUUAGUGUAUGCUGCGUGGAUUGCAGGGUUUCUAGUUUCAUUGGCUCCUGCAGCCACAACGAAUGGAAUAAGAUACGACAUUAAUGCUACACAUUACACAGUGGACUGUAAAUACGAUACUAGUUAUCUACCUUACAGAGCUAUUGUAGUAGGCUAUGUACAAGUACAACACGUCAUACCAAGUAUUGCAUUGAUUUGUAUUAACAUUAUCUUAGCCAGAAGGGUGUGGAAAAGGAGGAAACGAAGGAUCGAUGUACAGAAGGAUAACGCCAUUAAGGCGACAAUGAGAUGGCAGUAUAUCAAAACAACUUCUAUAUUGAUAAUUAUCACCUUAGCUUUUGUUAUUCCCUAUUCAUCAUUGCUUUAUUACGCAGUCUAUGUUGCGGUAGCCAAGCCUUCAAUUGAUUUCCAGCAAGAUUUUAUAAUA